AUGUCUCCACCCCCAACCCACCAGACCUCUCCAGUCCCCGAGGCCUCAAGUCCCUUGAGGAUACACCUGAAAUCACUUCUUUUCCAGGAUGUGUACACGGAAUUUCUGGACUAUGGAGACCUCAGUUGGAUUCCCUCCCAUCAGAGCAGAAUUUUUCCUAUUCAGAUUAAGGUUGAUUUGAUCCUAAAUGAGACUGUAAAGUCAGAUCCAACUGGAAUAUUCUCACUAGAUAAAACCAUUGGUCUUGGUACUUAUGGAAGAAUCUAUUUGGGAAUCCAUGAAAAGACUGGUUCUUUAGUGGCUGUUAAAGUAAUGAAUGCCCGGAAGAAUCCUUUGCCUGAAAUAGGAAGACGGGUGAGAGUGAAUAAAUACCAAAAGUCUGUUGGAUGGAGAUACAGCGAUGAAGAAGAGGAUCUUAGGACUGAGCUCAAUCUGCUGAGGAAGUACUCGUUCCACAAAAACAUUGUGACCUUCUAUGGAGCGUUUUUCAAGCUGAAUCCCCCUGGCCAUCAGCACCAACUUUGGAUGGUAAUGGAGCUAUGUGCAGCAGGCUCAGUCACUGAUGUAGUGAGGAUGACAAGAAAUCAGAGUUUAAAAGAAGACUGGAUCGCCUACAUCUGUCGAGAAAUCCUUCAGGGCUUAGCUCACCUUCAUGCUCACCAAGUAAUUCACCGGGACAUCAAAGGGCAAAAUGUGCUGCUGACUCAUGAUGCUGAAGUCAAAAUAGUGGAUUUUGGAGUGAGUGCCCAAGUGAGCAGAACAAAUGGACGGAGAAAUAGCUUCAUCGGUACACCGUACUGGAUGGCCCCAGAGGUGAUUCAUUGUGAUGAGGACCCAAGACGUUCCUAUGAUUACAGAAGUGAUGUGUGGUCUGUGGGAAUCACUGCUAUUGAAAUGGCUGAAGGGGCUCCACCUCUGUGUAAGCUUCAGCCUCUGGAAGCCCUUUGUGUUAUUCUCCGGGAAGCCGCUCCCACAGUCAAAUCCAGUGGAUGGUCCCGCAAGUUCCAGAAUUUCAUGGAAAAUUGCAUGAUAAAAAAUUUCUUAUUUCGUCCUACAUCUGGAAACAUGCUUCAUCACCCAUUUGUCCACAAUAUAAAAAAUGAACGACGUGUUGUGGAGUCCUUGACAAAGCAUCUUACUGGGAUCAUUCAAAAGAGAGAGAAGAAAGGAAUACCUCUGGCCAUCGAAGGAGAAGAAGCUAUUAAUGAACAGUACAUCACAAGGAGAUUCAGAGGGCCUUCUUGCACUCCUGAACUUUUGAGAGUGCCAUCUAGCAGCAGGUGCGGACCACUCAGAGUCCCGUAUGGAGAAGCCCCUCAGCCAAGGUGGUUACCUGAUGAAGAAGAGCCACAGGACCAAGAACUUCAACACCUGCAGAAGGCAGCAGGAGUGUUCAUGCCUCUACAUUCUCAGGACAAUAUACCUAAGGCUUUUCAAAAGCAGGCUCAGUUACCACAGUAUCUACCUGAGACAGUUCAUGUGGUCAUGCCAGUACAGGUACAGGUUGAAGCAACACCUCAACUCAGCAAAGCAGCGCAGGCGCUCAUGUCACUACCUACUCAGGGUAACAAACCUACUUCUCCAGAGGUACAGGCCCCCGUAGCUGAAGAACAGCAGGCCCAGCAUGAAGCCUUAGAAACAGACCAGCCUAUUGAUUUGGACCAGGUGCCAGAAGAAUUUCAGGGACAAGACAGGCUACCUGAACAGCAAGGGCAGGGCCAGGCUGCUGAACAGCAGCAGAGGCAGAAUCCAGCUCCUGAGCAGCAUCCAGAGCAGAAUAGGGAACCUGAGCAAGCUGAGGUUCAAGAAGAGGCUGUUGAGCCUCCACAAGCUGAGAUUGAGGAAAAGGAACCUGAGGUAAUACAUGUGCAUGCCCAGGUCUUCCUGCCUUUACUGUCCCAGAACCACCACGUGCUUUUGCCUCUCCAUUUGGAUACACAGCUGCUAAUUCCUGUAGGGGAACAAAAUGAAGAGGUACCUCAAGCCCAGGCCUGGAAUCUAGAUGCCUCAAGGGCAGUUGGCGCAGUGCAAGCACUGAUAGAGGGACUAUCCAGGGACUUGCUGCGAGCACCAAAUGCCUUUCUCUCAAAACCACUUGGUCCACUGCAAAUCUUCUUGGAAAACUUGUCUACAGACAGGUUUUACACUGAACCAGAACCCACACAGAAGAAAAAGUCCAAAGUUUCUAGUCUAAAGAAAGCAUUAGUAAAACGGCUAAGACCCAAGAGGUUCAGAGCAAAGGCAUUAUGGAGACUUGAAGAUUUUGAAUUCUCAGAUGUAGAAGCCAGCAGGAGACGGCGCCAGCGUAGAUGGGAGGACAUCUUUAAUCAACAUGAAGAGCGACUGAGACAAGUUGAAAAUGACAGAGAAGAUGACUCAUCAGACAAUGAUGAAGUGUUUCAUUCAAUUCAGGCUGAAGUCCAAAUAGAACCACACGCUGCAAAUCCUGCAGGAAAUGAGGUCCAAGAGAGAUCUGCUCCUAUGCCUUGCAACCGGAAUCGUACACAUCGUGUGAAAUUUUCUCCAAGUGUCGGUGAGGAGCCUUCUUUGGAAGAAAUUCAGGAGCCCAUGGACAUCAGACCAAGGAAUUGCCUAAAUCCUCAGAACUUUCAAGCAGAAUCAGAGUCAUCUUCUGAGGAGGAGAGUCCUGUGACUAGGAGGAAGUCCCAGCCAUCACCCCCUUAUUCUACUAUUGAUCAGAAUUUACUGCUUGACAUCCAUGUUCCAGAUGGAUUUAAAGUGGGAAAAAUAUCACCCCCUGUGUACUUGACAAAUGAUUGGGUAGGCUAUAAUGCAUUCUCUGAAUUCUUCUGGGAUGAUUGGAUAAUGCCUUCACGUCCCAAUCAGCCACCUGUAGAAGAUGGUGAUUAUGUUGAACUCUAUGAUGCUGAUGCUAAUGCUGACGGUGAUGAAGAAGCUUCAGAUGAUUCUUAUGAAGAUCCCCGUGACGGUGCCAAUGGCCAUGAUGACAUGAAUAACCAGCUUGUCCAGGCAAAUGGCUAUGAAGGCCAUGGUGCUGUUGGUUACAAUGAUGGAGAUGGAGAUGACAAUCAUGGUGCUGGUGGCCACAAUGAUGGAGAUGUAGAUGGCAAUCAUGGUGCUGCUGUCAAUGGGCCAAGAGCAAAUUAUCGCAGACCAGGGAUCUUGAAGAACGCUAAUAAUGAAGGGCGGGAUCUAAACCAGGGAGCCUAUGGAGACAAUGAAGCCAGAGGAGCUGCUGGUGAAGCAGGUGCAGCCUUUGGAAAUGAUGAAGGACAUGAAGCCAAUAGGGACAGACAAAGAGGUAACAGAUACAGGGAGGCCAAUGGGAGCAAUGAAGAGAACGGAGCAUUCGGACUGGAUCAACAUGUAUUCCCACAUUUUGAACAUGAACAAGAGGAAUCAGAUGGUGGAACUGAGACCUCAGAUUCAAUUGCCUUGGAUAUCACAUCCCUUGAUGGCGAGCAAAACAAUGACAGACCAGUAUCCUCAACAGUGGGUUUUCCUAUGGGACGCUCUGCUUCUAGAGGUUCUGAUAUUGGGAGUGACAUCUCAUAUAAUAGCCCACUGAUACAUGUGUAUGAAAAGGAAUUCUCAUCUGAGAUCUACUGUGGUUCUCUAUGGGGAGUCAAUUUGUUGCUAGGCACCCGAUCUCAUCUGUAUCUGAUGGACCGAAGUGGAAAGGCCGACAUUGUUAAACUUAUAAAGCGAAGACCAUUCCGACAGAUUCAAGUUGUGGAGGCGCUCAAUCUGCUGAUUACCAUCUCUGGAAACAAGAACAGACUUCGCGUGUAUCAUCUGUCUUGGCUGAGGAACAAAAUUCUGAAUAAUGAUCCAAAAAGUAAGAAAAGGCAGAAGGCGAUGAUGAAGAAGGAAGAAGCUUACAAAGCUAUCGAUAAGUUGGUUGGCUGUGAACACUUCAGUGUCCUUCAACAUGAAGAAACAACAUAUAUUGCGGUUGCUGUGAAGUCAUCAAUUCAUCUGUAUGCAUGGGCACCAAAAUCCUUUGAUGAAAGCACUGCCAUUAAAGUAUGCAUUGAUCAAUCAGCAGACUCCGAAGGAGACUACAUGUCCUAUGAAGCCUAUAUACGAAUAUUGGCAAAAAUACAGGCAGCUGAUCCAGCGAACCGGUUUAAGAGACCAGAUGAGCUCCUUCAUUUGCUGAAGCUCAAGGUGUUUCCAACUCGUGGUCUUAAGCCAGUGACAGUUGACCUGGCUGUUGGUUCUGAGAAAACACUGAAGAUUUUCUUCAGCUCAGCUAAUGGAUAUCAUAUCAUCGAUGCCGAGUCCGAAGUUCUGUCUGAUGUGACCUUGCCAAAUAAUCCUGUGUCUCUAAUAACGCCUGCAAGAAUUAUGUAUAUGAUUUAUUGCUUGGGUCUUGGGGUGAUGCUCUCCUUCAGUACAGAAGCUGCCUCUGAGGAAGCCAAUGAACAACUCCUCAAGAAGGUCCUUGACGUGUGGAAAGACAUACCUUCUUCUGUGGCAUUUGAGUGUACAAAGAGAAUCACUGGAUGGGACCAAAAGGCUAUUGAAGUGCGCUCUCUACAGUCAACUAUUCUCGAGAAUGAGCUGAAGCGCCGCUCAAUCAAGAAACUGAGAUUUCUGUGUGCCCGUGGUGACAAGCUGUUCUUUGCUUCAACACUGAGCAAUCGCCGCAGCCGAGUUUACCUUAUGAGCCUCGGGAAACUUGAAGAGCUCCAAAGAAGCUAUGCUGUUUAAAGGGUUCCAGUGAUCGAUGCCAUUUAUAUCCAUCACACACAUGCCAUUACAUCCUAACAUCGGUGUUUUAUCAUUAGAUAAAAUUUUCAUCAGAGGCUUUUAAUGUAGCACAGAAUAGUUUGGAUAAGAAAUGAAGCUUUAAAAAGAAAAUUAACUAUAGCAAGCUCUAUGUACUCCAGUGGUGUACAAUCUGUUUUGCACAAACUUUGUAACUUUUGUUACUGUGAAUUCAAACAUUUCUUAGGACAUUUUGGACAGUAUCUGUAUUCAGAUUUACAGCAUGGAGUAAAGAAACCUGUUAUAAAUUACAUCACCGGCAACUUUCAAAGGAAUUGGCCCUAAUUAAGCUUUUCCAAAACAAUAUAUAUAUAUUUCCAAGUAAAUGUUAGAUUAAAAGACAAAGCAUAAUGAAUUUUACAACCCUGACUAAGGUUGAACAACCUGUUUGCACAAGGAAAAUUACAUAGAUCAAGGGGAACAUUCUACCUAAUUCUUUUUCAUAAUAAAUCUCCAAUUGAAGAUCAAUUGUGAAUUUUUACAUCCCCUUGUUAAAUUUAAUUUCUCUAUAUAAGAAAAAGAGAAGAAAACCCCAGAUGAUUGCUUCUGCCCUCCUAAAAGCCCCAAAUAUGUGUAAUAGCUAUUUUUACAAACUAUCAAACGAUAUAUUUGCUAUCUUGAAUACAGGACUGAACUCCAAUGCACAUGUACUGUAGAAAGUUUUUUUUAGUACAUCAAAGAAGGCGUCAAAUUUUGUCCCCCAAAUUGGCUAAGUUUUUAAUUUUUUUAUAUAACCAAUACUGUGACCAUCAGACAGGAUUUAAUAUUUUUAAAUAUUUAAAUAUAUUUUAAAUACAUUAAAAUAUAUAAAAUGUCCUCCAAGUUAUUAAGCAAAACAAUGCAACAAAAGGAGAAGAAUGUUCAUGGGUGAUAAUUAGAUUUUUACAUUUUUAACACUGUAAAUUCAGAAAUUAAGAUAAUCAUGGUGAAUAAUCCAAAUUUAGAGUCAUUUGUUCUAGAUUUCUUAAAUUUGUUCUAUAAUUCUUAAAAUUAUAAGAAUUUGAGAAAAAUAUAACAUCCAUUGUAUAUUAAAGUCUGCAAAACUGAAGUAGUGAAAUUCAUGCCAGUCCAUAUCCACAUAUUUUAUAGACGCCAAAAAUAGGUGAUAUUUGCUCACCUAUGGUAACUGCUACCUGAUUUUUUUUUAAAAGCGUGACUUAUACCUAUCCAUCCUCAAUGACAUGGUUAGUUCUGGGGUAAUAGAAAAAGCUACAGAACCUACCACAAAGUAUACCUCAAUAAGUCCUCUAGUUCUGCUUCUCUCAUCUGAAGAGUAUGCUAGUAGGAUAAUAAUUUUUAAACUACCUGGUUAACCAAAACAAAAGCAGCUGAUUAAGUGUGAUUUCCUGAUAGUAGAUCAUUUCCUGGUACCUUUGUGCCAGAAAUGAAGAUUUGGAUUUUCCUAAUGACUUCUAUCAAGAGUGUAGUAACUCAGUGUUCAGAUUGUAGGAGAACCUGAAUCCACAAGUUAAAUGUGAUUCGCAUUUCUGUUACUGUGACACACUAAUGUGAUUCUAAAACUGGCUUAUCCUUGAGUGUUUACAAUUCAAAUUACUUUUUUUUAAGUUCAGUAGUUAUUUUAAAUAAGCAAACUUUAAUGUCAAAUUAAUACCUUAGAAGUAGUUUUCUUUAAAAAAAAAAAAUUGUACACCAAAAGGCCGUGAGGAACUUUGUGCAAGUACCUUAUCGCUGAGGAAAUGGAGCUUGCUAUGUCAGAGGUUCAGAACUUUUUCUCAUUUAAGUAGUAUGUAGGAACAAGCCUUUUAAGAAUUUUUUUCUUCAUAAUAUUUACUCAAAAAUAAGCUUACAGUAAGUUUUAUCUUAAAAUCAUAUGUUUAAGGCAGUAAGACAUGAAACCAAAAACUAUUUUAGCAACUCAACUCCCGUUGUUCUCUGUGGCAUUUAUUCCAGCAAGCACAGGAAAUAGCAAAGAGAAUCUACAGUGCUGUCCCAAAGCAAUUACACAGGAAAGAUUACCAAUGUAGUGCUGGGCUUUGAAGGCCAAAGUGUUAGUGAAGAAAUGGAGCUUGGCACCUAGCAAGAAGAAAGGAGAUUGGAGCAUUGGGUGCUCAAGUAGGAAAGAUUGAAAUAUUUGAAGUAGUUCAUUAGUCCUAAAGGUCACUAAUGAAUAGUUGCAACUUAGGUGUAAAUCUGUAUGGGAGUUGUAUAGCCUCUGACAGGUGCGAAAACAGAGUGGGACUAUGUCCUUUCUUCCUCAUUAUACCUUGUAAUAGGAGAAAUGACAUAUGCCCUAUACCUUGUAACAGGACCUGCAAGGCCCAAUACAUGGCAGAAGUGUGGAGACGCAGCCCAGAAAGCCAGUUUUAAUGAGAAUCAUGGUUUGAAGUGUGAACAUUUUGGCAGGUUAUGAGCCUCACUGGAGAGAGAACGGUUUGAUUUCAUGGCGGUUUAGUUUUAUUACCAAAGCACUGGUAAUAAAACAUAUCAUGUGAGAUGUUUGAAAACUAGAAUAGGGCUGGUAACAAAAUUCCUGAAUGAAUGAAUGAAUUCAAACAAAGUCAGAUCCUAAGAGCAAAGAGCAAGAAGGGAAAAUCAGGCAAAGCUGCAUGGCCUAUUUACUCAUGUCUCUUCUCACGAACUUCAGAAUGCAUAAGAUUAGGUACUUUCUGUGUCACCAUUUCUGAGAUAAAUUGAUAGCUAGGUGAUGUUUUCUUCCAAGAUUCAUUUCUUUGAGUGCUAGAGAGAUAGCUAGGUAACUAUAGCCCAUGCCUUAUAGGCUGUAAAUUCCAUCCCCAGAAAUCACAUGCAAAUUUCAAUCCGUGAUGGAUACUUUCAAUCCCUGUGCUAAGAGGGUAGACAAGUAGAUCUCUAGAGCUUGCUGGCCAAUGAAAAACCCUAUCUCCAAACAGGCAGAUAGAUGGCACUGCUGAGGAUAACACUGGUUGUUAUCUUCUGCUCCCAUUCUCCCUCCCUCUCCCCUCCCUCUCUCACUCAUUCAGAUACAUGCUCACAAAAAAACCAAAAGUACACACACACACACACACACACACACACAUACACAUGAAACACAAUCCAUUCAUCUGAGAUAGUCUCUGUAAGAUACAGAAUAAUGCCACACACUCUCAAUGGGAUUUUUUAAGUACUUUUUCGGUUGUUCCAAGACGUGUUCCAGUUGGCAUCACUUAUAUUCAACUUGUACUGUGUUAACCUUUGAGAUGAAUCGAUUGACCAGAAACUCUGUAAUGAAUCAUUGUUUGGCAUCUUAAAUAAAAAUUGGCAAUUAUU